AUGACCGACAAUGAUGAAGAUAGAGAUAGUGAUGAUGAUCAUUAUUAUGGUGAAAAUAGUGUUGACUCCAUUAUUUCGGAAAUUAACUGUGGCGAGCCUCCUGAUGUUCCAAAUGCGAGCAAGGCAACGCUCGGAACCUUACUGGACUCUGUAUCCAGCUACAGCUGUAACGUCGGCUACAGCGUGGCUAGUGGAACAACGACGUCAACGUUAGCCACAUGUCCCGCGCCACCGCACCUGCCCAAUGGCAAAGUGAUGUACAGUUCAACGGCAGUACACAGUACAGCAACAUACAGUUGUGAUGCAAACUACAGAUUGUUUGGACUCAGUCUGACGAGUAUUUGUGAGAUGCCUGGAUCGUGGAGUAGUCUUAAUGGAUCCUGUGAGCGUGUGUCGUUUUACAACAUUACAACUCCUCGCUAUAUACCUGUUCCUGGAUUAGUUACCGAUGUUUGGAAGAUAGAGGCAAUAGGAACGCCUGUUAAUAACUCAAGAUUCUCAUUCAACCUGGUGAAGGAUGCACGUGCAAUUAUAGCCUUGCAUAUCGACGUGCGUUUCAAUUAUUUUGGUUUCAUAAACACCGUGCUUCGGGGCUCCUUAACUGGUGGAACUUGGGACCAAGCAGAAACUGACCAACCAUACUUUCCAUUCACCCAAGAUGAACAAUUUAACCUGACCAUCCUAGUGACAGAUACUGGAUUCAAACUGAUCGUGAAUGACAAUUGGCAGGUUACUCGGAUACAUCAUGUCAACCCCUCAGUGAUCAACAAUAUCCAGACGGUUGGGAAGACCUUUUAUCAAUCAAUUAAACUGUUUUACUGAUUGCCAGAAAAAAACAGAAAAUCUACAAACAGAGAAACAGCUACAGAAGGAUAAAUACAUCAGGGUGGAACAGGGAGAGAUAGAAGGACAGAGACAAGACAAAAAAAAAAAACACGUUAAGAAAGAAAGAACAGACACACACACACACACACACACACACACACACACACACACAGAGACAGUCAC